GUUUGGGAUAGCCGCGGUGAAGAAGACGACUACGUUCACGGUGUCUCCCUGCGGCCCAGAGUCGCACAUACAGACCAGGCCUCUAAUCCUGGGAGCCUGCGUGCCAGCAGCCUGGAACCCAGAGCCUCUCCUGGAGCCUGCACAAUCAAUCCAGACUGAAGCCGAUGUCUUCUAGAGAGACGGAAGUGCAAUCCAACCAGGGCGCAGCUGAAUUUUGAGGCCUGCGUGCCUCCGCGUCCACCAGGGGACCGCUGGGACUAAUUCUGUUGGCAAACUUGUGGCCAGCCAAACCUACCAUGCUUCACAUCCCUGUUAUCCUUGGCUACCGCCCAAGAUUGGCUUUCAGAAGAGAUGAAAUGUGGUCUGAGGGACGAUAUGGCUAUGAAAGACUUCCAAGAGAACGAGUACCUCCUCGAAGUCAUCCCAGUGAUGGCUACCAUAGAGUAGUUAAUAUUGUGCCAAAGAAACCACCACUGCUAGACAGACCUGGUGAAGGAAGCUACAAUAGAUAUUACAGUCAUGUUGAUUACCGAGAAUAUGACGAGGGCCGCAGUUUUUCUCAUGAUCGAAGAAGUGGUCCACCUCACAGAGGAGAUGAAUCUGGCUAUAGAUGGAUAAGAGAUGAUCAUUCUGGAAGCCGGCAGCCUGAAUACAGGGAUAUGAGAGAUGGCUUUAGAAGAAAAGGUUUCUACUCUUCCCAUUAUGUGAGAGACCGGUCUCCUCACAAAAGAGAUACUCCUUUUUUCCGAGAUUCACCUGUAGGCCGAAAAGAUUCACCACACAGCAGAUCUGGCUCCAGUGUCAGUAGUAGAAGCUACUCUCCAGAAAGAAGCAAAACAUACUCUUUCCAUCAAUCUCAACAUAGAAAGCCUGUGCGUGGUGGUGCCUCCUACAAACGGCAGAAUGAAGGAAAGCCAGAAAGAGGUAAAGAGAGACCUGUCCAGUCUUUGAAAACAUCAAGAGACACUUCGCCCUCAAGUUCUUCAGCAGUUCCUUCAUCAAAGGUGUUAGACAAACCCAGUAGGCUCACUGAAAAGGAGCUUGCUGAAGCUGCAAGCAAGUGGGCUGCUGAAAAGCUAGAGAAGUCAGAUGAAAGUAACUUGCCCGAAAUUUCUGAGUAUGAGGCGGGAUCUACAGCACCAUUGUUCAUUGACCAGCCAGAAGAACCUGAGUCAAAUGCAAAAGAUGGCAUAGAAUUAUAUAAAGACAGUCAGCUAAGCGGUCGCUCGAAAGCAAUAGCGUCAAAAACCAAAGAGAUUGAACAGGUUUACCGACAAGACUGUGAAACUUUCGGGAUGGUGGUGAAAAUGCUGAUUGAAAAAGAUCCUUCAUUAGAAAAGUCUAUACAGUUUGCAUUGAGGCAGAAUUUACAUGAAAUAGGUGAGCGGUGUGUUGAAGAACUCAAGCAUUUCAUUGCAGAGUAUGAUACUCCUUCUCAAGAUUUUGGAGAGCCUUUUUAGAAGAUUAUUGCUCAGGCAAAAAAAGGUUUCUAGAUUUUUUCCCCCCUGGAUUGUGGAAAUCCUUAAUAUAUAGAAUUUUUGUGAUAAAGAGAAAUACUUUAUGAUAGUUGACCACAUUUCCAAUAUCAAAUCAACAUCUAAAAUUGUUUAAAAUAUUUGAAUUAGGAUUUUUUUCUACAUGUAAAGCCUCCUAAUUCAUACUUAUCUUUUUUUGUAUUAUUUUUCCUGAAAUGAUGGGUCAAUUAAUUUUCAAGCUUUAAAAAAGCAGUCCUGGAGAACCAUUUUCUGUACUUACUCUUGUUCUGUAGUCUUCCACAGUAUGUGAUCAUUUGGUCACAAGAGUGUAAUUUACAGGUUAGAGACUGUAAAUUAGACUACUUAAACAUUAGUAGUCUUUUUGCAUUUCAUAGUGAAUGAUGCCAUGUGAAAAUGUUAGAAUUCUGAGUUGUGGUUUUAUUGACUUGAUGCUUGCUUUCCUUAGGCUUUGUAACUUUUAAUAUGUUAAAGUGUACUUUCCUAGUAAACUAAAUACUCUGGUAUAUAGAGAAUAUUUGCUUUGAGAAUAAUUCUCAUUCAGUGAUAAGAUAGAGCACUUAAAUCUCUGAAAGACACCUCAGAAUAAAAUCCUUUUUUCCAAGUUAAUGAAUUCAGGGUCUGCUAUUAAUCCUGAAACUUCUGACUACUCUCACUGAUGUGUGAGUCUUAAAAAAAGUAUCCUACACAAGACUAGUAGAAGGGGAAAGGUGACAUGAAAGAUGGGGCAUGUUUUAAAGGUGAGAUUUCUCAAAAACACAUACGAUCAAAGGAGGAAAAAUUUAGAAUAUGGAGGAGUAGUGGAUUUUUUUUCCCCCAUAGGCCCAUACUCCCUUAUUUCAAGAAAGAAGGUGAUAACAUGUCCAUGAUUAAAUAUAAUAGUCUAAUGGGUUCUUUGUUCAGCCUUUUAGAGGUUUUUAGCCCUUCAAAAGUAUUCCUUUUUUUUUUUUUUUUUUUGGUGGCUGGAUAGUGCAGGGAUCCAAACCUAUGACCUUGUUAUAAGGCUGUGUUUCAAAAGUAUUCUUGAAAGAAACAAAAUCGUAGCUACCCCUUACCAAGCAGUCUGUGUAAACAAUCUUUCAUGAGUGAGCCAUCCAAAUCACGGGUUAGUUAAGAAUCUAACUGGGAUGAUUAGGAUAUUCCACUCAUUUCCUGGUCCGUUCCAGCAGCCCAGUGGCAUUGAGCCAAAAUAUAUACUUCUAUGGUAUCAGUUAGAGAGAGGAAAGCUUAAAAAUCAUGUUUGUUAUUACUACCCAAUUUCAUUAUCCUCCCAUCCUCUUUCCAUUUCCACUCUCUUCUCACUUGAAUUCUGGCAUUAUUUUUAGCAGUCUCUGUUGAUAAUAUCUAAAGAGCUACCCUAGAGUUCAUAAAAAUUAUAUUAAAAAUGGGAAUAGCAGUGUAGAUAAUUUUAAUGGGUCCUAUCAUGGAUGCCUCAAAAUAUGUAUUAUGCCAUUCCACAAAUUUAAAGCUAAUAGAUGAACUAGACAGUUAGCUCAGUUGGUUAGAGCACAGCCUUAUAUCGCCAAGGGCCAUGGGCUCAGAUCCCUAUACCGGCCAACUGCACCUCCUGCAUGCCCCCCCGCCCCCUGAAAGAAACAAAACUACUUGAGGGCAACAAUUAUUUUUUUAGAUUUCCUAAAUGAGACCAUAUCGAAUUUUUAUUUUUUGUCAUUUAAACAUUGUACUUAUCUAACUCUUAUAAAACAUAAACCAAAUUAAAUCCCACAUAUCAUCUCUGGUAUUCUUCCUUAAUAGGAACAGUGAUUUUUUGGGGGGGUUACCCACUUUAGAAAGACUAAGAAAGUACUAGGUUUGUCCCCCUCCCCCCGCCAUGUUUUUCUUAAGUAUUGUAAUCCCAGGAUUCAUUUCCUUUAGUCAAGAUGUCACAGUUGAGAAACUACCAGAGGCAAAGGAAUUGUUCACUUUGUUGAAAUUCAUUAGAGAAGUCUUACUAACAGAUGCAUUUAAAUGUAGUCUUACUAACAGAUGCAUUUAAAUGCAUUUAAGUCUUACUAACAAAUGCAUUUAAAUGCAUUUAAACGCAUUUUCCCUUCCCCCGUAUUACAUUCAACAUUUAAAGCUGUUUUUAGCUUGCCAUCAGCAUUAUUCUGGUAAGCUUGUCAGUGUUAAAUCUGCUUUUUGUUUUUAAGUCUUUAAAAGUCUAAUUUUAGGAUAGAUGGAUUCAGAUGUGUACCAGAGUGUAUUUUGCAAAAUGUUCUGGAUUAAAAAUAUUUGUUUAUCAAUUAUCCAUUGUUUUUGAGUAUACCCAGUUGAUGCGAUAAAAUUUUCAUUGUCUUACCAUAAAGCCUUGAUGAUCAACAGAGGGGAAAGCAGAUAUUGUAAAGCUAUAUUGUAAAGCUUUUUGUGAAUUUUAAAAGUGCAAAAUAAAGCAACCAGGUUUAAAUAAUUA